AUGGGCCCUUGUUUUUCCAAUUCUGCACACGCUCGGCCCUUCUCCCAGAUUCCAUCCCCUUCUCCCUCUCCCCGAUUCCAUCCCCUUCUCCCCGAUUCCAUCCCCUUCUCCCAGAUUCCAUCCCCUUCUCCCCGAUUCCAUCCCCUUCUCCCAUAUUCCAUCCCCUUCUCCCAUAUUCCAUCCCCUUCUCCCAGAUUCCAUCCCUUUCUCCCAGAUUCUAUCCCCUUCUCCCAUAUUCCAUCCCCUCCUCCCCGAUUCCAUCCCCUUCUCCCAUAUUCCAUCCCCUUCUCCCAGAUUCCAUCCCCUUCUCCCAGAUUCCAUCCCCUUCUUCCAGAUUCCAUCCCCUUCUCCCUGAUUCCAUCCCCUUCUCCCAGAUUUCAUCCCCUUCUCCUAGAUUCCAUCCCCUUCAACCAGAUUCCAUCCCCUUCUCCCAGAUUCCAUCCCUUUCUCCCUGAUUCCAUCCCCUUCUCUCAGAUUCCAUCCUUUCUACCAGAUUCCAUCCCCUUCUCCCAGAUUCCAUCCCCUUCUCCCUCAUUCCAUCCCAUUCUCCCAGAUUCCAUCCCCUUGUCCCAGAUUCCAUCCCCUUCUCCUAGAUUCCAUCCCCUUCUCCCUGAUUCCAUCCCCUUCUCCCUGAUUCUAUCCCCUUCUCCCAAAUUCCAUCCCCUUCUCCCAGAUUCCAUCCCCUUCUCCCUCAUUUCAUCCCCUUCUUCCAUAUUCCAUCCCCUUCUCCCGGAUUCCAUCCCCUUCUCCAAGAUUGCAUCCCCUUCUCCCAUGUUCCAUCCCCUUCUCCUAGAUUCCAUCCCCUUCUCCCAGAUUCCAUCUCCUUCUCCCAGAUUCCAUCCCUUUCUCCCAAAUUCCAUCCCCUUCUCCCAGAUUCCAUCCCCUUCUCCCAGGUUCCAUCCCCUUCUCCCAGAUUCCAUCCCCUUCUCCCAGAUUCCAUCCCCUUCUCCCAGAUUCCAUCCCCUUCUCCCAGAUUCCAUCCCCUUCUCCCAAAUUCCAUCCCCUUCUCCCAGAUUCCAUCCCCUUCUCCCAGAUUCCAUCCGGUUCUCCCAAAUUACAUCCCUUCUCCCUGAUUCCAUCCCCUUCUCCCAGAUUCCAUCCCCUUCUCCUAGAUUCCAUCCCCUUCUCCCAUAUUCCAUCCCCUUCUCCAUAUUCCAUCCCCUUCUCCCAAAUUCCAUCCCCUUCUCCCAGAUUCCAUCCCCUUCUCCCAGAUUCCAUCCCCUUCUCCCUGAAUCCAUCACCUUCUCCCUCAUUCCAUCCCCUUCUCCCUCAUUCCUUCCCCUUCUCCCAGAUUCCAUCCCCUUCUCCCAGAUUCCAUCCCCUUCUCCCAGAUUCCAUCCCCUUCUUCCAGAUUCCAUCCCCUUCUCCCUGAUUCCAUCCCCUUCUCCCAGAUUUCAUCCCCUUCUCCUAGAUUCCAUCCCCUUCAACCAGAUUCCAUCCCCUUCUCCCAGAUUCCAUCCCUUUCUCCCUGAUUCCAUCCCCUUCUCUCAGAUUCCAUCCUUUCUACCAGAUUCCAUCCCCUUCUCCCAGAUUCCAUCCCCUUCUCCCUCAUUCCAUCCCAUUCUCCCAGAUUCCAUCCCCUUGUCCCAGAUUCCAUCCCCUUCUCCUAGAUUCCAUCCCCUUCUCCCUGAUUCCAUCCCCUUCUCCCUGAUUCUAUCCCCUUCUCCCAAAUUCCAUCCCCUUCUCCCAGAUUCCAUCCCCUUCUCCCUCAUUUCAUCCCCUUCUUCCAGAUUCCAUCCCCUUCUUCCGGAUUCCAUCCCCUUCUCCAAGAUUGCAUCCCCUUCUCCCAUGUUCCAUCCCCUUCUCCUAGAUUCCAUCCCCUUCUCCCAGAUUCCAUCUCCUUCUCCCAGAUUCCAUCCCUUUCUCCCAAAUUCCAUCCCCUUCUCCCAGAUUCCAUCCCCUUCUCCCAGGUUCCAUCCCCUUCUCCCAGAUUCCAUCCCCUUCUCCCAGAUUCCAUCCCCUUCUCCCAGAUUCCAUCCCCUUCUCCCAGAUUCCAUCCCCUUCUCCCAAAUUCCAUCCCCUUCUCCCAGAUUCCAUCCCCUUCUCCCAGAUUCCAUCCGAUUCCAUCCCCUUCUCCCAGAUUCCAUCCCCUUCUCCCUGAAUCCAUCACCUUCUCCCUCAUUCCAUCCCCUUCUCCCUCAUUCCUUCCCCUUCUCCCAGAUUCCAUCCCCUUCUUCUAGAUUCCAUCCCCUUCCCCCAGAUUCCAUCCCCUUCUCCCAGAUUCCAUCCCCUUCUCUCAGAUUCCAUCCCCUUCUCUCAGAUUCCAUCCCCUUCUCCCAGAUUCCAUCCCCUUCUCCCAGAUUCCAUCCCUUUCUCCCUGAUUCCAUCCCCUUCUCUCAGAUUCCAUCCUUUCUACCAGAUUCCAUCCCCUUCUCCCAGAUUCCAUCCCCUUCUCCCUCAUUCCAUCCCAUUCUCCCAGAUUCCAUCCCCUUGUCCCAGAUUCCAUCCCCUUCUCCUAGAUUCCAUCCCCUUCUCCCUGAUUCCAUCCCCUUCUCCCUAAUUCUAUCCCCUUCUCCCAAAUUCCAUCCCCUUCUCCCAGAUUCCAUCCCCUUCUCCCUCAUUUCAUCCCCUUCUUCCAGAUUCCAUCCCCUUCUUCCGGAUUCCAUCCCCUUCUCCAAGAUUGCAUCCCCUUCUCCCAUGUUCCAUCCCCUUCUCCUAGAUUCCAUCCCCUUCUCCCAGAUUCCAUCUCCUUCUCCCAGAUUCCAUCCCUUUCUCCCAAAUUCCAUCCCCUUCUCCCAGAUUCCAUCCCCUUCUCCCAGGUUCCAUCCCCUUCUCCCAGAUUCCAUCCCCUUCUCCCAGAUUCCAUCCCCUUCUCCCAGAUUCCAUCCCCUUCUCCCAGAUUCCAUCCCCUUCUCCCAAAUUCCAUCCCCUUCUCCCAGAUUCCAUCCCCUUCUCCCAGAUUCCAUCCGAUUCCAUCCCCUUUUUCCAGAUUCCAUCCCCUUCCCCCAGAUUCCAUCCCCUUCUCCCAGAUUCCAUCCCCUUCUCUCAGAUUCCAUCCCCUUCUCUCAGAUUCCAUCCCCUUCUCCCAGAUUCCAUCCCCUUCUCCCAGAUUCCAUCCCCUUCUCCCAGAUUCCAUCCCCUUCUCCUAGAUUCCAUCCCCUUCUCCCUCAUUCCAUCCCCUUCUCCCAGAUUCCAUCCCCUUCUCCCUCAUUCCAUCCCCUUCUCCCAGAUUCCAUCCCCUUCUCCCAGAUUCCAUCCCCUUCCCCAAGAUUCCAUCCCCUUCUCCCAGAUUCCAUCCCUUUCUCCCAAAUUCCAUCCCCUUCUCCCAGAUUCCAUCCCCUUCUCCUAGAUUCCAUCCCCUUCUCCCAGAUUCCAUCCCCUUCUCCCAGAUUCCAUCACUUUCUCCCAGAUUCCAUCCCCUUCUCCCAGAUUCCAUCCCCUUCUCCCAGAUUCCAUCCCCUUCUGCCAGAUUCCAUCCCCUUCUCCCUCUCCCCGAUUCCAUCCCCUUCUCCCCGAUUCCAUCCCCUUCUCCCAGAUUCCAUCCCCUUCUCCCUGAUUCCAUCCCCUUCUCCCAUAUUCCAUCCCCUUCUCCCAUAUGCCAUCCCCUUCUCCCAGAUUCCAUCCCUUUCUCCCAGAUUCCAUCCCCUUCUCCCAGAUUCCAUCCCCUUCUCCCCGAUUCCAUCCCCUUCUCCCAUAUUCCAUCCCCUUCUCCCAGAUUUGAUCCCCUUCUCCCAGAUUCCAUCCCCUUCUCCCAGAUUCCAUCCCCUUCUCCCGAUUCCAUCCCCUUCUCCCAGAUUCCAUCCCCUUCUCCCAGAUUCCAUCCCCUUCUGCCAGAUCCCAUCCCCUUCUCCCAGAUUCCAUCCCCUUCUCCCAGAUUCCAUCCCCUUCUCCCAAAUUCCAUCCCCUUCUCCCAGAUUCCAUCCCCUUUACCCAGAUUCCAUCCCCUUCUCCCAGAUUCCAUCCCCUUCUCCCUCAUUCCAUCCCCUUCUCCCAUAUUCCAUCCCCUUCUCCCACAUUCCAUCCCCAUCUCCCAGAUUCCAUCCCCUUCUCCCAGAUUCCAUCCCCUUCUCCCAGAUUCCAUCCCCUUCUUUUAGAUUCCAUCCCCUUCUCCCAUAUUCCAUCCCCUUCUCCCAGAUUCCAUCCCCUUUACCCAGAUUCCAUCCCCUUCUCCCAGAUUCCAUCCCCUUCUCCCUCAUUCCAUCCCCUUCUCCCAGAUUCCAUCCCCUUCUCCCAGAUUCCAUCCCCAUCUCCCAGAUUCCAUCCCCUUCUCCCAGAUUCCAUCCCCUUCUCCAAGAUUGCAUCCCCUUCUCCCAUGUUCCAUCCCCUUCUCCCAGAUUCCAUCCCCUUCUCCCAGAUUCCAUCUCCUUCUCCCAGAUUCCAUCCCUUUCUCCCAGAUUCCAUCCCCUUCUCCCAGACUCCAUCCCUUUCUCCCAGGUUCCAUCCCCUUCUCCCAGAUUCCAUCCCCUUCUCCCAGAUUCCAUCCCCUUCUCCCAGAUUCCAUCCCCUUCUCCCAGAUUCCAUCCCCUUCUCCCAAAUUCCAUCCCCUUCUCCCAGAUUCCAUCCCCUUCUCCCUCAUUCCAUCCGAUUCCAUCCCCUUCUCCCAUAAUCCAUCCCCUUCUCCCUCAUUCCAUCCCCUUCUCCCUCAUUCCAUCCCCUUCUCCCAGAUUCCAUCCCCUUCUUCUAGAUUCCAUCCCCUUCCCCAAGAUUCCAUCCCCUUCUCCCAGAUUCCAUCCCCUUCUCUCAGAUUCCAUCCCCUUCUCUCAGAUUCCAUCCCCUUCUCCCAGAUUCCAUCCCCUUCUCCCAAAUUCCAUCCCCUUCUCCCAGAUUCCAUCCCCUUCUCCCAGAUUCCAUCCCCUUCUCCCAGAUUCCAUCCCCUUCUUCCUGAUUCCAUCACCUUCUCCCAGAUUCCAUCCCCUUCUCCCAAAUUCCAUCCCCUUCUCCCAGAUUCCAUUCCCUUCUGCCAGAUUCCAUCCCCUUCUCCCCGAUUCCAUCCCCUUCUCCCAGAUUCCAUCCCCUUCUCCCAGAUUCCAUCACCUUCUCCCAGAUUCCAUCCCCUUCUCCCAGAUUCCAUCCCCUUCUCCCAGAUUCCAUCCCCUUCUGCCAGAUUCCAUCCCCUUUUCCCUCUCCCCGAUUCCAUCCCCUUCUCCCCGAUUCCAUCCCCUUCUCCCAGAUUCCAUCCCCUUCUCCCCGAUUCCAUCCCCUUCUACCAUAUUCCAUCCCCUUCUCCCAUAUGCCAUCCCCUUCUCCCAGAUUCCAUCCCUUUCUCCCAGAUUCCAUCCCCUUCUCCCAGAUUCCAUCCCCUUCUCCCAGAUUUCAUCCCCUUCUCCCAGAUUCCAUCCCCUUCUCCCAGAUUCCAUCCCCUUCUCCCCGAUUUCAUCCCCUUCUCCCAGAUUUGAUCCCCUUCUCCCCGGUUCCAUCUUUCUUCUCCCAGAUUCCAUCCCCUUCUCCCAGAUUCCAUCCCCUUCUCCCAGAUUCCACCCCCUUCUCCCAGAUUCCACCCCCUUCUCCCUGAUUCCAUCCCCUUCUCCCAGAUUCCAUCCCCUUCUCCCUGAUUCUAUCCCCUUCUCCCAGAUUCCAUCCCCUUCUCCCAGAUUCCAUCCCCUUCUCCCAGAUUCCAUCCCCUUCUUCCAGAUUUCAUCCCCUUCUCCCAGAUUCCAUCCCCUUCUUCCAGAUUUUAUCCCCUUCUCCCAGAUUCCAUCCCCUUCUCCCAGAUUCCAUCCCCUUCUCCCAGAUACCAUCCCCUUCUCCCUGAUUCCAUCCCUUUCUCCCAAAUUCCAUCCCCUUCUCCCAGAUUCCAUCCCCUUCUCCCAGAUUCCAUCCCCUUCUCCCAGAUUCCAUCCCCUUCUCCCAGAUUCCAUCACCUUCUCCCAGAUUCCAUCCCCUUCUCCCAAAGUCCAUCCCCUUCUCCCAGAUUCCAUCCCCUUCUGCCAGAUUCCAUCCCCUUCUCCCCGAUUCCAUCCCCUUCUCCCAGAUUCCAUCCCCUUCUCCCCGAUUCCAUUCCCUUCUCCCAUAUUCCUUCCCCUUCUCCCAGGUUCCAUCCCCUUCUCCCAGAUUCCAUCCCCUUCUCCCACAUUCCAUCCCCUUCUCCCAGAUUCCAUCCCCUUCUCCCAGAUUCCAUCCCCUUCCCCAAGAUUCCAUCCCCUUCUCCCAGAUUCCAUCCCUUUCUCCCAAAUUCCAUCCCCUUCUCCCAGAUUCCAUCCCCUUCUCCUAGAUUCCAUCCCCUUCUCCCAGAUUCCAUCCCCUUCUCCCAGAUUCCAUCACCUUCUCCCAGAUUCCAUCCCCUUCUCCCAGAUUCCAUCCCCUUCUCCCAGAUUCCAUCCCCUUCUGCCAGAUUCCAUCCCCUUCUCCCUCUCCCCGAUUCCAUCCCCUUCUCCCCGAUUCCAUCCCCUUCUCCCAGAUUCCAUCCCCUUCUCCCGGAUUCCAUCCCCUUCUCCCAUAUUCCAUCCUCUUCUCCCGUAUGCCAUCCCCUUCUCCCAGAUUCCAUCCCUUUCUCCCAAAUUCCAUCCCCUUCUCCCAGAUUCCAUCCCCUUCUCCCCGAUUUCAUCCCCUUCUCCCAUAUUCCAUCCCCUUCUCCCAGAUUUGAUCCCCUUCUCCCAGAUUCCAUCCCCUUCUCCCAGAUUCCAUCCCCUUCUCCCAGAUUCCAUCCCCUUCUCCCGAUUCCAUCCCCUUCUCCCAGAUUCCAUCCCCUUCUCCCAGAUUCCAUCCCCUUCUGCCAGAUCCCAUCCCCUUCUUCCAGAUUCCAUCCCCUUCUCCCAGAUUCCAUCCCCUUCUCCCAGAUUCCAUCCCCUUCUCCCAGAUUCCAUCCCCUUUACCCAGAUUCCAUCCCCUUCUCCCAGAUUCCAUCCCCUUCUCCCUCAUUCCAUCCCCUUCUCCCAUAUUCCAUUCCCUUCUCCCACAUUCCAUCCCCAUCUCCCAGAUUCCAUCCCCUUCUCCCAGAUUCCAUCCCCUUCUCCUAGAUUCCAUCCCCUUCUUUUAGAUUCCAUCCCCUUCUCCCAUAUUCCAUCCCCUUCUCCCAGAUUCCAUCCCCUUUACCCAGAUUCCAUCCCCUUCUCCCAGAUUCCAUCCCCUUCUCCCUCAUUCCAUCCCCUUCUCCCAGAUUCCAUCCCCUUCUCCCAGAUUCCAUCCCCAUCUCCCAGAUUCCAUCCCCUUCUUCCAGAUUUCAUCCCCUUCUCCCAGAUUCCAUCCCCUUCUUCCAAAUUCCAUCCCCUUCUCCCAGAUUCCAUCCCCUUCUCCCAGAUUCCAUCCCCUUCUCCCAGAUUCCAUCCCCUUUACCCAGAUUCCAUCCCCUUCUCCCAGAUUCCAUCCCCUUCUCCCUCAUUCCAUCCCCUUCUCCCAUAUUCCAUUCCCUUCUCCCACAUUCCAUCCCCAUCUCCCAGAUUCCAUCCCCUUCUCCCAGAUUCCAUCCCCUUCUCCCAGAUUCCAUCCCCUUCUUUUAGAUUCCAUCCCCUUCUCCCAUAUUCCAUCCCCUUCUCCCAGAUUCCAUCCCCUUUACCCAGAUUCCAUCCCCUUCUCCCAGAUUCCAUCCCCUUCUCCCUCAUUCCAUCCCCUUCUCCCAGAUUCCAUCCCCUUCUCCCAGAUUCCAUCCCCAUCUCCCAGAUUCCAUCCCCUUCUUCCAGAUUUCAUCCCCUUCUCCCAGAUUCCAUCCCCUUCUUCCAGAUUCCAUCCCCUUCUCCCAGAUUCCAUCCCCUUCUCCCAGAUUCCAUCCCCUUCUCCCAGAUUCCAUCCCCUUCUCCCAGAUUCCAUCCCCUUCUCCUUGAUUCCAUCCCCUUCUCCCAAAUUCCAUCCCUUCUCCCUGAUUCCAUCCCCUUCUCCCAGAUUCCAUCCCCUUCUCCCUCAUUCCAUCCCCUUCUCCCAGAUUCCAUCCCCUUCUCCCAGAUUCCAUCCCCUUCUCCCAGAUUCCAUCCCCUUCUUCCAGAUUCCAUCCCCUUCUCCCUGAUUCCAUCCCCUUCUCCCAGAUUUCAUCCCCUUCUCCCAGAUUCCAUCCCCUUCAACCAGAUUCCAUCCCCUUCUCCCAGAUUCCAUCCCCUUCUCCCAGAUUCCAUCCCCUUCCCCUAA